CGAGCCUGUACACGAAACGGCUUGAGGUGCUGCUCGUUUGGUUUGGCUGUAGAACAAAGCUUAAUACAGUUUUCUUUUUUUGUGUAAUUUGCAGUAAAACUCAGGAGCACGCGUGUGUUAGAUGGGUAAAUGGCUGCAGGAUUGAAAACGCGCGCCAGAGCUCGUUUACUGGCCACAGAUGAGGCAGAGGAAAGGCGUCAGGAGAGCACGGUGGUUCAGGGUGCCUCCUGUUAUGCACCACAGCCUUUUAAACAAGAUGUUCUGAAAUGGCAAAGUAAGGUUGAACAUUUAGAAAACCAAAUUAAAGACUUAAAGGAGGAUAAUGCAUUUCUGCGUAAACAAUUGGAGGACCAACAAAAGAAAGCUGAUGAAGCCAACAGAGAGACAGGACCCUCUGGUGAGGAUUCCAUGACAGAGUCAGACUCCGGCUCAGAAUCUACCUCUGAUUCUCUGACUACUUCAGACUUUGAAUCAAGCCUGGAAUCUGACUCUAGCUCAGAUGAAAAAAAGCAUAGGAAGUGGAAGCAUAUGAAAAGGGACAGGGAUAAGAAGAAGAAGAAAAAAGAAAAGGCAAAGAGGAAGAAAAAAGACAAGAAGAAGACAAAGGAGAAAAAAACCUUCUCAAAAGAAAAGGUGAGCAGCAUAAAAGAAGUUGUCCGGAGAUACAGAAAGGUUCUUCGCUAGGGCUGGGCGAUAUGGAAAAAAAUCUUAUUACGAUAUAGUUUUUCAUAUCAGCCGAUAUCGAUAUGUAUCACGAUAUAAAUCAAAUCACUUUCUGUUACACUUAAAGGUUUCUAUUUUUACUCAGAAGUGACAGAAUAAGGGAGUUAUGGACAAAAUCACUAGCAGGCUCAGAGCCUUGUGGACAGACACUAGGAUGUUAACAUCUUGCCAGGUGGGUACAGCUUUUAAAUUAAUUUUAAAAAGGGGACAAAUAUAUAAACUAAAAAAUAUGUAAGACCCUUUACAUUAUAUGUCUGUUUAAUUUAAAUUGCAAUA